AUGGAUGGCGAGAUGCACGUCUUAUACACGUUUACGCCUGUCCAAGAAUUCGGGGUUAUGGUGAACUGGCAGGUCUUUCGGAAUGAAAUGGAAGGUCUGGAUGAGAGUGGUUUACGGGUACUGAGGCUUCUGGGCAUCAAACCUACCACAAUACUCAAGCUUGCUCAAGGUGCCACGCUCCGUGAGACGACGCCAGAGGAGAAGCAGGUUGCUCGAGUACAUCGACGCUUUUAUCUCGCUCUCCAACUGCGGGAUCUGUGCAACGAGAUUCCUAUACACAUAGUGGCACGCAAAUACGAUGUGCCUCGUGGAAUGGUUCAGAAUCUUUCGCAGACUUGUCAAGGGUUCGCUGCAGGAAUGAUCAAGUUCUGUGAACAGAUGAGCUGGGGAGUAAUGGCCGCAGCUCUUGAGCACUUUUCAGACAGGCUCGUGGCUGGUGCAAGAGCUGACCUAUUGGCCUUGGCAAAGAUUCCCUUCAUCAAGAGCCGAACCGCGUUGGUGUUCCAAUCUGUUAUUGAGAUUGCCCGCGUGGAUAAUGCUGAUUUUUAUGCGCAGGCUCAACCAAACAAGAUCCGUUUAAAAGGUAAAGACAAUGAGAAAUACGAAGAGAAACUUCUUGUCAAGGCCAAAGUCAUAUCAGAUGCUGCGAGCAAGAUUUGGAAACUCCAAAUGCUGGCAGAGAUAGAGGAGGAGUAG